AUGCCACCAAAACAAAGAAGAAAAAGUUCUAUUGCAUCUCCAGAACAACCUGCCAAAAGACAGAAAACUAGUGCUAGCUCUAUCUCCAAUGAAACUUAUGAUUUUUAUCAAACAACUUUGAAAUUAGUUAAAGAAUUACGUGAUGGUAAAGAUUAUAUAUCAUUUGAUUUCUUAAAAUUACCAGCUAAAAAAUUAUUCCCAGAUUAUUAUGAAUCAAUUCAGCAUCCAAUUUCAAUUGAAGAAAUUUCAAACAAAAUUAAAAAUCAUCAAUAUGAUUCAACUGGUCAAUUUUUAAAAGAUUUUGAAUUAAUGGCUGAAAAUGCAAAUGAAUAUAAUGAACAAGAUAGUGGGAUUGCCAAAGAUUCUUUAAAAAUUUUAGAUUUUGUUAAAGAUCAAGUAAAACAAUUUGAUCAAAUUAAUGAAGGAGAUAAUACAACAUCUACUCCAAAAUUACCAAAAUUGAAAAUUAAAGCUCCAUCAAUCCAAUCAACUCCUUCUACACCUGCUAAUGGUCAUAUAUCACCAAAAAGAAAAUAUCUGGAAAUUUUAGAUGAUUUAAUAAAUUAUAAAGUUGAUGGUAUAAAUAUUGGUGAACCAUUUUGGGAAGAAGUUAGUCGUAAAGAUUAUCCAGAUUAUUAUGCAUUGAUUAAAAAAGCAAUGUCUUUAAACACAGUGAAAAGACAUGUUAAGGGAAAUAAAAUUAAAGAUUUAAAUCAAUUUAUUGAAGAAGUUGAAUUGAUUUGGUCAAAUGCUCAACUUUAUAAUGAAGAAGGUAGUUUAAUUUAUGAAGAUUCUAAAACAUUACAAAAAAUUUUCCAAGAAAAAAUUGAUGAUUGGAAAAAAUAUCAAGAUGAAUUGAAAUCUAGUAGUGGUAGUUCUAAAAAGAAACCAACAAUUGUUAAAUUGAAAAAUAAUAAACCAUCUAUAAAAUCAAAAUUAAAAAUUUCAUUGAAAAAAGAAGAUGAUGAUGAAGAACAACAAAUUAAUGAUGAUGAACAACCAAAAUUUGAUGAAGAACCAAAUGAUGAAGCAAAUAAAGAUGGAUUAAAUGAUGAUCCAACUGAAGAAGAAGAAGAUUUACCUGAAACUUUUAAAGAUGGUAACAAAACUCAAGAUAAUGAAGAAAAAAUUGAAAAUCCAGAACAAUCAACUCCAACUCCACAGAUUGUUAAACCAACACGUAAAAGAUCAAUAAAACAAACUGCUGCAGAUGCAUUAAUUCAAGAAAUUUCAAUUUCUUCAUCAAGAUCAAUUUAUAAAUCUACAAUUAAAAAUCAAUUAUCUUCAAUAAAUCAAUUACCAAAUUUAUAUCAAAAUUGGUUUGAAUAUAGAUUUGAGGCAAAUGAUUUCCAAAUUAAAAGUUAUACAUUAUCAUUACCAUCACAACAAGGUGCAGUUUCUGUCCUUGCAUCAUUAAAUGAUUCAUUAAUUGAUAGAAAACAUCAAGCAAAUUUAACAGUUAAUGGUGAACGUGUGAAUCCAAUUCCAUCAAUUCAAUAUAUGGACCAAGGAAGACAAAUAAGUUCAAAAUAUGAAUUAAAAUUAGCAACAGGGUUGAAUCAUGUUGUUUUUGAUGUUAUUGUGGAUCCUAUAAUUAAUGAAGAAAGUAGAUUAAGAAGUCAAGAUUCUGAUCCAAUUGUGGAAAAAUUAAUAUUUUGGGUUCAAGUUGUUCAAUAA